AUGGCACAACCACCAAAUGCGCCGGAAUUAACACCACAAUUCUGCUUUAACACUGUGGCUUUACGAGACUUCCUACGGAUAUCCCGCUCCUCAAUCGACGACAGCAUAACGCAAAACCUAAACGCCCUCUUCACACCCUCAAGCACCGGCUUCGAUCCCUCCUCAACCACCAUCCGCACCCCUCGAUCGCGUCGAAUUCCCGCCUCAUCCUGCAACACCUUUAAAAACAAAGUCUUAUUCCCAUCAUGGCAGGUUCGCUCUGACGUCUUGAGUUACUGCGCAAAUGUGGCGACUAGUCCGGACCCCGAUGACCCCGAGGCGGUUCAGAGACAGGCAGAGGAGAUGAAGGAUCGUGAAAGGAUGGUGGAUGAGAGGUUAGAUCCUUAUUCGGCGAGAUUCUUCCCUACGGAGGCGAGGACGGAGAGAUUGGCUGCUCUGAUUAGGCAGGAGAGGGGUGUGGAGGGGAUUGUGAGGGCGAGGAGUUGGGGACUGGUUUCUGAGAGGUGUGGGGAUGAGGGGAGGGAUUGGGAGGCUGCUUUGGGGGAGUGGAGGAAAGGAGAGGAGAGGAGUAGUGUCUUGGAGAAGAGUUGA